ACGGCCAAUCAGCUCCGUCUCCUUCUCCGGACUGACUCUGCCAGCUGCGCUUGGCCUGAGGUUAACUAGGCCCAGCUCCUUGGGCCGGCCCAGCUUGAGUAUUUCACAGGUGCUUGACCCGAAGCUGUUUAAAUGGUUCAUUUGGGCCGUCCUCUGAAUAUCGGCCCAUCAUAAGCCCCCCAACUCCUCAGUCCUCAGCUGGGCCAAGCGGAGGAGUAGGGAGUUUGCAAUGUCCACGUGGACGCUCCAGCGGGGAUCCGGGCCGUUCCUUGGGUUCCGCACGACACCCACGAUCUCCACAAAUAAGUAAUCAUGGCCUGCCGAUUCCCCUUCCUGUUGUUAGUUAAAAACCGCCGCUGGACGCCAUCUCUUCCUUUCGCCUUCUUCACCACCGUUCGUCUGCAACUCCGCUGCUCACCCGACUCGUUCUUCUUCCUGUCCAGGUCAGUUCCUUCUCUCGCCGCCAUGAUUGUCUCAGAUUCCGAUUCGGCUACCCCAUCGUCCAAUUCUCGCCAAGCCGGUCAAUCGGCCUCUGACCGUAACCCCGGCCACACUCCAUCACCCCGGCCGUCGCCGUCGGCCGUGCCUGGCCACAAACGGCGUCGAUUGAGGAAGCAAUACCCUUCCUUAACUCCGGUAGAUGAGGGCUCAAGGGUUGAAUUGGACGAAAACAUCAUGGCGUUGUGCCAUUGUCAAAUUACUGACCGGGGGUUCGCCGAUGCCACCAACAUGGUUGGACCCUUCAUCGAGGUCAUGAGACCUACCAGUACUCAAACUGCUCUAGACGCACUGUCGGGGUUCUUCACGGUCCAUCUGGCGUCUUUGAAGAAGGGGCUGCGCUUCCCACUCCACCCGUUGUUGAUCGAAUUCCUCAACGUGGUGGACCUUCUCCCGUGCCAACUGGUCCCCAACUCUCACCGGUACUUCGCCGGUUACCUGGUCCGGUGCAAAGAUGUAGGGGUGAUGCCGACCUUGGACCAUUUCAUAUUCACCUUCAAACUGACCAAUGGCCAUAAAGAUUGGGCGUCCUAUGCCAGUCUUUCCCAGAGGUCCAGUAAACUCUUUGCUAGUGAUAAGAAGGGGUCAACCAAAGACUGGAAGCCUUUCUUUGUCUUCGUUUCGACGGGGCCCGAAUCUCCUUUCACGGGUUCAGGGCGCCCUUCCUUCCGUCGCAUCCCACGCCCCCCACCUGAUGCCACCCUUUUGUCUAUCACUCGCCAAUUCUGCAAUAAGGGAGUUAUGAACAUCAAAGAGGUGGUGACAGAGGAAACCCUUGCCGGGUUGGGGUUCGAGUUUGUCCAGGAUGAGCUUCGCCACCAACCCGACCUACUGAGGGACAUCCCCGGGGGGCAUCAGCCUGACUAGCUGAAGGACAUUCCUGAGGAAGGUCUUGACUGUGGUCCUUUCGGUAGGUGACCUUUUCUUUUGCCCAGAUGUUUAGUUUAUC